CGGCGGCAGAGGCGGCAGCGCUCGCCAUUGCCGCUGGUGGCAGGAGGCUGCGAGGAGCCGGCGCGGUCGCAGUCUCCACGGCGCAGGCCCACGGUAGCGCAGCCGCUCUGAGUAGGUCUUCAUGGAGGAACACGGAGUGACUCAGGCUGAACACAUGGCUACCAUAGAAGCCCAUGCAGUGGCCCAACAAGUACAGCAGGUCCACGUGGCCACCUACACUGAACACAGUAUGCUGAGUGCUGAUGAAGACUCGCCUUCUUCUCCCGAGGACACCUCUUAUGAUGAUUCAGACAUACUCAAUUCCACAGCAGCUGAUGAGGUAACAGCCCAUCUGGCCGCUGCAGGUCCGGUGGGAAUGGCUGCUGCUGCUGCUGUGGCAACAGGAAAGAAACGAAAACGGCCUCAUGUGUUUGAGUCUAAUCCCUCUAUCCGGAAGAGACAACAAACACGCUUGCUUCGGAAACUUCGAGCCACGUUAGAUGAAUAUACUACGCGAGUGGGACAGCAAGCUAUUGUCCUCUGUAUCUCACCCUCCAAACCCAACCCUGUCUUUAAAGUGUUUGGUGCAGCACCUUUGGAGAAUGUGGUGCGUAAGUACAAGAGUAUGAUCCUGGAAGACCUGGAGUCUGCCCUGGCAGAACACGCCCCUGCGCCACAGGAGGUUAACUCAGAACUACCGCCUCUCACCAUCGAUGGAAUUCCAGUCUCUGUGGACAAAAUGACCCAGGCCCAGCUUCGGGCAUUUAUCCCAGAGAUGCUCAAAUACUCCACAGGUCGAGGAAAGCCAGGCUGGGGGAAAGAAAGCUGCAAGCCCAUCUGGUGGCCUGAAGAUAUCCCAUGGGCAAAUGUCCGGAGCGAUGUCCGCACAGAAGAGCAAAAGCAGAGAGUUUCGUGGACUCAGGCACUACGGACCAUAGUUAAAAACUGUUACAAACAGCAUGGGCGGGAAGACCUUUUGUAUGCAUUUGAAGACCAGCAAACACAAACACAAGCCACAACCACACACAGUAUAGCCCAUCUUGUACCGUCACAGACCGUAGUCCAGACCUUUAGCAACCCUGAUGGCACUGUCUCUCUUAUCCAGGUUGGUACAGGGGCAACGGUAGCCACAUUGGCUGAUGCUUCAGAAUUGCCAACCACAGUCACUGUUGCCCAAGUGAAUUAUUCUGCUGUGGCUGAUGGAGAGGUGGAACAAAAUUGGGCCACGUUACAGGGAGGUGAGAUGACCAUCCAAACGACGCAAGCAUCAGAGGCUACCCAGGCAGUGGCAUCAUUGGCAGAGGCCGCAGUAGCAGCUUCUCAGGAGAUGCAACAGGGAGCUACAGUCACCAUGGCACUCAACAGCGAAGCCGCCGCCCAUGCUGUAGCCACCCUGGCCGAGGCCACCUUACAAGGGGGGGGGCAGAUCGUCCUGUCUGGGGAAACCGCAGCAGCCGUCGGAGCACUUACUGGAGUCCAAGAUGCUAAUGACUGUGUCCUGUUGCAGUGUUUGUCACUUCUAUGAUGACAAGCUUGUGGUGUCUGCCGGUAGACCAAGUGUAUUAUCAUGAAGAACCAGCUGAUAGCAGAACAAGGUGCUGUUGAUGGGCAUAGAACUAACUUGGAAAUGAACACUACUGGAAAAAAAAUACAUCCCAAAUUCCAGAAUAUGGUUUAAAUAAAAAUCCUACUAACAGAUGACUCUUCUAAGAGCAAUUUGGAUAUUGUUCAGGCCCAAAGCAGAAAGUUUGUCUUUUGGGAUGGAACUAGAGGGGGUAGAGGAACAUUGCUUGUGGGGUUUGAUAGAGUACAAUAACCAGUUGGGACAUCCAGCCCAGCUUGCCUUGUAUGCUCCCAUCUUCACUAGUCCAAACCCUCCCACAUGCCACCUUCUCCAGAAAGCGCACCCUAGUCCAUCCUCAGUCCAUUCAAAAACCACAAACAGUGACGGGAAUUUAUCAAGAAUAAGAAUGGUUUUAGGUAAGAAGUUUUCUUGUGGUUCAGGAACCUAAUUUAGUUCUGCCUCUGCAUUCCCCAACUCAUGAUUACAGAAUAGCUUUCAUCAGCCCCUGGGGCUACCUCUGUCUUUUUCAUGUCCCAGCAAAAGCCUUGCCAUCCACCCAGGUUGGCCCAACUCAGAUGUCCAGGACUGCCACCCCUGAGGCUGGGGCUGGAAUCUGCUUCCAAGCCACAGAUGGAGCUGUGGAGGGCACAGGGAGAACAAUCCGAGGGGCUCACGCCCCCCUCGACAGUUCCGUCAAGGCCCUGGCCAUCCUUUCCAUGUGUUUUAUGCCAGUAUCUGCACCUCCCCCAGAAAACUGCAAGCUCCUUGGGAUCAGAGACUGAGUUUCAUUCAUAUUUAGGUUCCAAGAGAUUUUUUCACAUUUUGAUGUUCAAUAAAGUCUUGUUGAAGUGAAUUAAAUUUUUUAAAAAGGAAAUAAAAAGUUGUUUUCAUACUUUCAAAAAAACCAGUGGGAGAUGGCUGGGGCAGAGUGCAAGGAUAUGAUUAUGUGGGAAUAGUGUUUUUCGAGUUAAAGAUAAUGACAAUCAAUCAAUAAAUAAAUUCCAGUCACUAAGGCAGACCUGACAAAGAAGUUGUACUAUGUACCUGUACACCUUGGUUUGGACACCUACUCCAUCCCCAACACUAAAGAGACCAUACAAGCACCAGCUUUUUACCCAUGUUUGUUUCAUUUAUGUAAUCCCUUUUUUAAAAUAGAAAAAGGUGGGUUUUGGAUUUCUUAGGAUGCAGUUAAAUGGUUUGGAUCAAUUUAGAAAUUUCCACAGGUAGAAUUUUUCAUUGAGAUGCAGGUAGAAUAGCCUAAGGCUAAGAAAGGUUACUGUUCCUUCCUUUCCCUCUGUUCUUUUUUUAACACAAUUAUUCCCAUACUUUCUCCCUGCCCCCCUCCCAACACAUCAUUAUAUAAGAGGUUCUACAAUUAGGUCCUGUGACUUUUCCAUCCUCUCUGCUGGGCCCCAGCAGCCCCUGUGCUAGUAGACUCCAGGACCAAUUGGUCUGGCCAAACCAUCAGGCAGAGUAAGGCUCACCACAGGGGUUGAGGAGCUUUUUGAUGAGUGCUGUUCACCUCUAACCCAGACCUUGCCCCCUGUUAGCAAUCUUCAGUGAACCAGAUCCAUAGAUCUUUUCUCCUCCAUCCUUUUUCAGCAGAAUUAAUGAAAAGUAAUCAUAUUGACACUUGGCAACCAGAAAUGUUCUUAUGCCUGAAAUCUUAUUGCAGAUUCAUACUGCUGCCUUUCAUUCCUAAAAACUAGACAGGGGAAAACAAAACAGAUAAAUGAUAUUCACAGGUAGUCAGUAAGGGUAUGGGAGUCAUCUGCUUCAACUUUGUGUCCUGUCCAGUCUCUUACCAGAGCUGCUAUGGAAGUACCAACAUUUUCUAAAAUGGUUAACACACUCCCCAGUGAUGCCACAAUACAAGGGGGGAGGUGGAGCAUAGCAUUUGCCGGGAACUUAUUUUUUUGCCCUGAUUGUAAAAAUCAUCCCUAAGCCCAAUACCAUAGAAUGUUAAGGUUUGUGGGGGUUUUUUGUUUUUUAUUUUUAAUAUGGCUUUUCUGUUCACAAAACAUUUUUAACCUAAUUAGGAUCAUGUUGUCUAUACUAUUUUUUAAUUCAUUUUGAAGUACCCUGACCAUUUUCAUGC